AUGACGAAAGGUCUCGUAAAAACUGCAUCUAACAGCGAUCAACGUCAACAACAAGCUGCCACUCUCAGUUUUCAACAAAUUAUUAAUGUAUCUGAUCAAGAGCGUACACGUCAAUUAUGGCGACAAGCAGAUUGUGUGUGUUUUGAUGUUGAUUCAACAGUAUGCAACGAAGAAGCAAUUGAUGAGCUAGCAAAAUUUCAAAAUGUUGGACAUAUUGUUGAGCAAAUAACAUUAACGGCCAUGAGUGGUAAUAUGAGCUUUCGUCAUGCAUUGAAAACACGUCUAAAUGUCAUCCAACCAACUAUCCAAUGUUUAAACGAAUUUUUAUUGAAACAUCCACCACAAUUAACCGACGGCAUUGUUGAGCUAAUUCAACUGUUACAUGAACGACAUAUACCUGUCUACUUGAUCACUGGUGGAUUUCAUGCUGUUGUCGAUUCGGUUGCAAAACGUCUACAUAUUCCGUUACAAAAUGUUUAUGCAAAUCAUUUACUGUUUGACGAGAAUGAUGGAAAAUAUAUUGGUUUUGAUGAGAACAAAUUCACAUCGGAUACUGGAGGUAAAGGACUUGUUAUUGAACAUUUAAAACGAACAAAAGGUUAUGAACGUUUAAUAAUGAUUGGUGAUGGGACAACGGAUAUGGAGGCAUGUCCACCAGCUGACGGUUUCAUUGGAUUUGGGGGAAAUGUAAUAAGAGAGAAAGUGCGAGAUAAUUCACCGUGGUUUGUAACAUCAUUCUAUCAACUUAUUGAUGAACUAAAAAACAAUUCAAAUCAACGAAUUGUUAAUCGAAAAUAUUCUACAGAAUAA